CUACUCUGCUCUAGGUGGCAGAACAUAAAGUUACCAAAUCUGUAGAUCUCAGUAUUAUCUAUGAUUGUCAUUGCUAGGAAUUUUCUAUCUGUGAUCGCUAGUUUGGGAAAAUGGACUUGGUAGCAACAGAAGAUUGUACAAAGGAGACUUACGAACUGCAGUUUUUUGGAUUCAGCUCACGGACAGUCUGCAAUUACGUAAGCAGUAUUGCUGUUGAGAAAAUUCAAGAAGCAACAGAAUUAUUGCAAGAAUGUCUCUUAGAAAAGUUACCAGGAAAAGAAGUGGCUGUACGGUCGGCAACAACACAGUUCUUAAAGGAAAGCAUCAAUGCAGCAGUUCAACAAUUGAAACAUUUACCACUGGCAGUAGACGAGUUCUUUGCUAUACCAUCGUUUGUUCUGCUACCAGAAGAUUUACCACAGAUUACACAGUAUACCAAAGAAGAUGAGCAGCAGAUUGACAAAGAAAUCAAACAGCUUGAUACUAGAGCAAAGAGGGCAUGUUUCAUGGUAGCAUGUUUGAAGAAGGAAAUUGAAGUUCAGCAGCAGGUGAACAGAAUGGAAUCAGAGCUAAAGGAAUUGGAGGAACUUUAUCGUGAAGAUGAAAAAGAUGAAUUAUUAUCACAUGAUCUACAUUCCAAAAUUAGUAAAAUCGUGGAAUUCACAAAAACCAUAAAAAGUUAUGAGAAAACAUGCUUUGAAUUCCCACAGCAGACACAUGAUGAAGAGAGUGAUAUUGCAGAUAGAUUUCAGAAGUUAUAACAUGUAUGGAAGUUACAGAAAAUAGGUAUUUUUUAUAUUCAGGUA